GUUUUGGACUAUAAAAGACCGAAUUGGUUGAAAUUUCAGUAUUAGUUUCACCUAUCAGCUCCAAUUGUACACAGCUACCUGUCAUCAUGCGCGCCUUUAUCCUCCUCUGCCUGUUCGCUGCCAGCUGCAGUGCCGAUAAGCUGGGCUACAACUACCAGCCGGUGGCCCAUGCCGAUGAGGCUCUGUCCUUCUUGCCAGGAGCUGCUCAAGGUGGCCAGGUGAUUGGCGAGCUGCCGCAGCAGCAGUUGUUGCAGCCCGUGCAGAGCGGCGAGGCGGUGCUCUCCCAGCCCAUCGAUGCUCCCGUUUUGGCCCCCGCUCCGGCUCCAGUUGCUCCCCAGAUUGCUCCCUUGGUCGAGGAGUUCCAGAAGGAGUUCUACAGCUACGCCGCCCCCGAGGAGCAGUUCGAUGACGGAGCCAACAACCAGCAGAUCGCCAGCUCGCUGAAGAAGAACCUCCGCGUGGUCUUCAUCCGUGCGCCCGAGAACAGGGGCUUCGAGCAGGCCGCCCUCCAGUUGGCCAAGCAGUCCGCCCAGCAGGAGACCGCCAUCUACGUGCUGACCAAGCAGUCCGACGUGAGCAACCUGGCCAAGCAGCUGAAUGCCCUGAAGACCAGCUCGGUCAACAAGCCGGAGGUGCACUUCGUCAAGUACCGCACUCCCGAGGAUGCCGCCAAUGCCCAGCUGGCCAUCCAGAACCAGUACAACCAGCUGCCCGGAGUGUCCCGCAUUUCCAACGAGGGCAGUGCGCCAGUCCUGAACUUCGCCUCUCCCGCUGCCCAGGCUGCCCCAGUCCAGGCCAGCUCUGCCCCAGCCCCCAGCUCGGAGUACCUGCCCGCCAAUGUGGUCGCUGGCCAGGAUUACCUGCCACCCACUCUGCGCCGCUUCCGCCUCAAGUAAACCCACUCGAGUGGAAGUCGUCCAACGGUAACGUUUCCUAAACAAUCGCAUCGAAAACAACCGCCCACUCCCAUCACGUGCAAUUUAACUAGCCAUUAAGUAUCCAUGUAGAGGAAUAAAAUUUGCUUUGCUGACAAA